AUGGUCAACUCCUGUUGUGGCUCCGUCUGCUCUGACCAGGGCUGUGGCCAGGAGACUUGUUGCCGCCCCAGCUGCUGCCAGACCACCUGCUGCAGGACCACCUGCUGUCGCCCCAGCUGCUGUGGCUCCAGCUGCUGCCGCCCCUGCUGUGGGGGUUCCAGCUGCUGUGGCUCCAGCUGCUGCCAGCCUUGCUGCCGCCCCACCUGCUGCCAGACCACCUGCUGCAGGACCACUUGCUGCCGCCCCAGCUGCUGUGGUUCCAGCUGCUGCAGGCCCAGCUGCUGCAUCUCUAGCUGCUGCCGGCCCUGCUGUGGGGGUUCCAGCUGCUGUGGCUCCAGCUGCUGCCAGCCCUGCUGCCGCCCCACCUGCUGCCAGACCACCUGCUGCAGGACCACCUGCUGCCGCCCCACCUGCUGUGUGUCCAGCUGCUGCCGCCCCUCCUGCUGCCAGACCACCUGCUGCAGGACCACCUGCUGCCGCCCCACCUGCUGUGUGUCCAGCUGCUGCCGCCCCUGCUGUGGGGGUUCCAGCUGCUGUGGCUCCAAUUGCUGUGGCUCCAGCUGCUGCCAGCCUUGCUGCCGCCCCACCUGCUGCCAGACCACCUGCUGCCGGACCACCUGCUGCCGCCCCACCUGCUGUGUGUCCAGCUGCUGCCGCCCCAGCUGUUGCUAG